AGGAGUUUUUUUAUAUUUGUACUGUAACAAAAAUUUUGCUAUUACUCAUCCAAAGCGCUGUAAUAACUGAUAACGGUUAAGGAAGUUAGAAAAUGCCAGCGUUCGAAGCACCAAGUCUUGAACUGGGCAGUGGCCCUCAAACGCCGAGUAUAGUUGCGUCACCUUCCCCGUCAGAAAUCUCUAGCGCCAGUUCUCCUGAACCUCCGAACAUACGAGUUACGCCUUUAUUUAGAGCCUUGGCUAUGCCCCCUCCUGAACCGGAUCAACCGCCAGGCCAGGAAGAAUUAGAGCGACGGCUUCCAGGCUACAGACGCAUCAUUAUUCCACGUGAAUUGACUUUGAUAGAGCUUUUGAAACAAAGCAGUGGUGUGACAACUGACGAUGAGGUCUUGCACAUUCGAGAGGCUAAACUUCGUGUUGUAGCAGAUCGAGUUGGCUUGAGAAGACUACACGUUCUCUCUCCAAGACUACGAACUCUCACGCUGGAUGGAAGCGCACUUUCAUCCUUGCGCGAUCUUGGUAUCGGUUUAGUUCAUCUCAAAAUUUUAAGUAUAAGCCGUUGUGGUUUAUCGAGUUUGGACGGCGUUUGGGGAUUGAAUAAUUUGAGGGAGCUGUUUGCUGCUGGAAACCGCAUCCAAGAUUUACAACCAUUGGCUGCGUUACAGAAACUGCACACCUUAAACCUGGCUGACAAUCCUAUAUCAGAUUCCGGUCGACUUUGGACACUAGGAGUUUGCAGUUCCCUUAGGAAACUUACCCUCACAGGAACUCCUGCGGCUGAAGAUGUGGACUACCGUUCACGAGUGGCUGCUGCACUGCCAAUGCUAGUCUACUUGGAUGACAGACCUUUGCAUACAGAUGUUACCUACAAUUCGGAUGAAGAGUUCGGCCCAGGAACAUCGUCUUCUGAGAGUGAUGGUGAAGAGGAACAAGAGCUAUUGCCAAAACUAAACAGACCACCGCCAGCCGAACCUGAACCCGGACCUUCGACUAUGCCAGAUGAAGUUCCAGAAGUUGAUGAGGGUGGUAACACUGGCAAUUCCAAUUUUGAAUGCGAUACUUUACCGACACGUGUUCGACGUCGUCCAGCCACCACUGAGAAUGCUGGUGUCAGACCAAUUCGCCCCAACAUCCCACCGAGGCCAAAAACUGCUCAAGACAGACGACAGAAUUCCGGAGAUCAACGAACCAGACUUGAGAUACUGAAUACGCUUUUGGAUGAUGAGUGGCUAUGCAGCGGGAGUAAGUUGACCUCUUUGGAUGCAGUCUGUGGGAAUUUAGCAAGAGCUUUGCGUCGUAACUCUAGCGCAUACCAGCGUCGCUUUAAAGAUGCUGAGAAAGAAUUAGUGGAACAGACAAUGGAAGAUGCAUCAAGAGCGGUAGCAGCUGAAAUACCGCGAGCACCGCGACUAGAAGAUUGGGUCAAGUUCAAAGAAGAAACAGGGAUUGACAUCGAUAUAAAUUUUAAUGACAGACCAAAAUGUCUUGAUCCCACAAAGAUUCUUGAACGUCUCGAGAAAAUAGAAAAGGAGACUCAAGAGAGGAUUAGAGAAGAAACAUUGAAAGCGAAGUCUAAAAAUACGGAUGGAAGUUUAAGCGGUACAGCUAGCUCAUCCUAUCUGCCAAACAGUAUUUCUACGUUCGACACGAUGUCGACUAUAAAUAAUUAUGAAAUUUUUAACACAGAUUUAGUUGAUCUACCAGCUAGUGCAAACAUUGAUACAUUUUACGAUGACAUUGAUGAUUUACAUUCAGUUAGCAGAGAAAGGGUUGGUUUCCCCGAUGACAAUGACUCACUAACUGACUAAGAACACGAACAACUUUCACGAACGUGUCUUGAUAUUAUAUUACGUAGAAAUUUAGUUCUGGAUUUGCUACCUUAUCUGUAGACUGUAGAAGAUUUAUUUCAUUAGGUAUCUCGAUUUACUGCAUCGUGUUUCCUUUGGGUUUAAUAGUAUCUGUGGAUAGCGAUACGGUAUAGAUGCAAUGAAAACUUCCGAAGUGAUAAGAGGCCAAAGAGAAUUGAGAAAGUGCUCUAGUGAGUUUGUUACCUGUAUUUUUAUUAUGGUCAUCGUUUUAGUAGGUUUAUCAACAUUGCUUUUACCUGUUGAAAAUAGGUGACCUACUUGAGUUUUGCGUAAAACUGGAAUGCCGCAGAAAAACGUUAAAUAGUGAUUUCAUAUUAAUUAUUUCGUGAUAUUACUUUGUCACGAGGUCACGAUGCACCUUGCAGAUUUAAUGAGUACCGUCAACAGAAAGUACUAAAAUUUGCACUAGGAAAUUUCAUUACGUGGGUGAAUAAAAUUAAUCCUUGGUUUUCUUAAAUAUUUUACUUUUAAU